AUGAGAACAACAAUCGCUUGUGAGAGACUUCAUCUGACCACCAUCGAUAGAAGAUCCAAAGUCAAGUGCAGACAUAAUGGCCAGCCCCCUUGUGCGGGCUGCAUAAAGAGUGGUUGUACUGAGACUUGCGUCUUGAGUGGCCCUGUACUUGGCCAGAGCUCCGGGUCAAAAAGGCCUGCUAAAAGGCAGCGACUGAGUGUAGAUCAGUCGCGAACAGAUGUCUCGGGGGAUGUCUGGCAAGAUGUCAGUCAAGUCUUUUAUCAAACGCCACGGACUCAGGUGAUAAGUGCUAUCAACUUGUUUCGAGCUCAGUUUCCUGAGUUUGGAUUUCUUCAUCCAGAUGAUCUUGAGUAUCGGCAAGAUGAACUCAGCACCGUUCAGAAACUUCGACUUCUUGUCAUUGUUGCAGUGUCACAUCGAUAUACAGAAUCUUACACCACAGAUAUCAACAAUAAGAAUAUUCUCUUUAUAGCCAGCGAGGUGCAGAAGAGGGUGACGAGUGGUCCAAGCCUGGCUCUCAUCCAGACGUUCCUCGUACUCUCGCUCUGCAACUGGGGAGAUGGAGAUGGUUUCAAUGCAUGGAUGCACUGCGGUAUCGCAACACGGAUGGCUCAAGGGUUACUCAGCACGGGCUUCGCAAGUUGCGGCAAAAGAGAGACCCUCUCGGAACUUGAGAAGAGAACUUUAUGGACUUGCUUCAAGAUGGAUAGGCUCUUGAGUUGCGGCAAGAGACGACAGGCUAUGUUCUCUGAUGGAGAUGUGCACUUCUCCCUACCGGUGAACGACACCCAAUUUCUCUUUGGGCAGAGUCCUCAGUCAUCAUCGAUAGAUGGCAACCUUCGAAGCUAUGGGCCAGAUGAUCAUCUUGUUCUUCUAACUCAAGGUUUACGUAUCUGGUCGAGAGUUCAUACGUGGAUAGCCGAGGGUGGCAGAAGACAGCCUGGUAUGACGGAGCCUGAACAAUGCCCUUUUAAUGAGACUUCGGAUUGGAGUAAGAUGAAGCAGGAUUUGGUCAAGUGGCGAGAGUCUCAGGAUGUUUUGAUGAAGUAUCCUGCCACGAAGGUAUCGGUGCAUGCUCAGCGUGGACAAGCUGAGAGGUUUGGAUACAUCAACUUGGUCUACUACGUCAGUUUACUCUUUCUCUGCCGAGAAUUUAUCCCUUUCAGUCCAGUAGAUGAAAUCAAGCCUCGCGGCCCCAUCGAACCACCACUCCUCAAAGCCCGAGGCCCUGAUGCAUUCUGGCUCCAAAACGUCUUCGAUCUCUACGACGCAGCAUCCCAAAUAUCCUCUCUCCUCUCCGAUCUCGAACACGUCGGCUGUCCCCUCCGCACCCCCUUCUCCGGCCUAUGCGCCUUCUCCUCUACACUAUGGAGUAUCUACGGCGCAGCGUUUCCAAACUUUAUGGGCUUUUCAGAAAGUCAAACCUCUGACGCAGACGCUCAAGCAGAGAGAACAAUGGCUGUUUUGGUAAGAAUAGGAAAGGUUUGGAGAUUAGCGGAAGAGUGGAUUGACGUUCUUAACACGGCGAAGAGUAUUAUGACGAGGGUUAGUGAGGGGAGGAGGGUUAAGAGAUCGAGGUAUGAUUACCCGGAGUUGGAGGAUUCUAUUCAUCUUGCGCCGUUGCAGGGGAUGCCGAGACAGACGUUUGAUAGGCCUGCGGGUUUGGUCUCGGCGGACGAUGGGUCCAAAUUGCAUCAGUUGGUUGCGGGUGAUGUUGAUCAGGGGAUCGAGGCGGAGGGGCUUGCGUUCUUGGAGGAGGGGAGUGGGAGUGAGUUUGUGGGUGAGGAUUGGUGGAGGUUGUUGUCGUUUUGUGAUGAUCCGCAUCUUUUGUCGACAAGUAUGGAUAAUAUGGGAGAUGAGAGCGUAGCUUAGAUCUCUAUUUCCCACCUGCCACGAAUCCAAUGCUCAUUAUUAUGCUAAAGUUGAUUCAGCUAGCAACUAUGAACGAAAUACAUAUCAUGAUCUUUGGUACAGCCCGGGUCUGGUCACGUCCCUUGAAACCCGAAGAUAGUACCCAGACCCGAAUCGCUUGU